AUGUUCUCCUUUCAGGGGCAUGAAUUCAGGGAAGAGGCUGUGUCUGCUCAGGACUGUUUGGCAGAAAGUCCUGUGGUCUCUGACCUACCAAUGCAGCCCUCUAGUGCCCAGAUGAACAGAGGAGCCCCUGGGACUCCCCACACCCACUCUUUUGUCUACAUGAGUGAUUACAGCAUUGACAUGCUACAGCAAGACAAGGUUGAUCAAAGUUUUUCAUCCCAGAUGUCAGUACCUCCGAUGAACAGAAUGGCCCCAGAGAAUCCCCAGCCAGACCUUUUUAACCACAUUAAUGAUUCCAGCAUGAACUUGAUACCACAGAAUCCAGCCGGUCCCAGAGUUAGUGUUAGUGUAACCACCUCUCUCCAUCUCUGCUCUACAGCAACAUUGAAGAAGCACCCAAAACGCACCUCAUUCAUGCAGACGCAACACGAACAGUUGGAGGCUCUAUUUAGCUACACCAUGUUUCCAGAUAAAAAUCUCCAGAAGGAACUCGCCUUGAAACUCAACCUCCCAGAGUUAACAAUAAAGACUUGGUUCAGGAACCGACGAGUCAAAUUGAGGAAGGAGCAGCAACAGCAGCAGCUAUCACUAAAGCAACCUAAUCAGAUUCUUCCAGCCAAGAAUGUGCCCACCUCACUCACAUCAUCACCCAGUCCUUAUUCUUUAUUUCCUGUAGUUCCAGAUUCCCAUAGCUUCCUUCCACCUCAGCCCUUAGGCCCUUCCAAUUUGGCACAAGACUCUGUCAUCACUGAGAGUCCCACAAGCGAUGUCCAAAUGCAAGAUCCUCAGUUGGAGGGGCUGGAGGCCUCCAUUCCUGCUUUGUUCCCUGAUACUUAUACCAUAGAGAAAAUCAUGGAACUGCACAGUUUUUCUGAUGAGGAUGAAAUAUACGACUCUUUCCACUGUCUAUAUCAGUAUCUCUCACCCACAGACCCCAUAGAAGAAAAGUGUUCUCUUAGCAUCUUUGCUGAUGCAGCUUUAGGUCUAUCGCUUGGGCAAACCUUAUCCACUAUGACAAGCCGAGGCCAUUCAGCCUACAGUCUAAGAAAAAGCUUGGAAUUCCAGAACCCCUCCAGUAUGGUGGACUUUGGAUUUCUCUGA